AGGAAGAGAAUGAGCCAAUCAGGAGGGAGAGCAGGGAACUUGUCGAGGCAUGUUCAGCCUUUCCACGUGCUACCUGAAAAGCUAUUGUACAACGUAUUCAACCUCUCUCUGCCCUGUGGUCAAUAGAUAACAUAAAUGAAUCCAUGGUCAAAUAAAUGGACUGAUGAUGGCAGAAGCCUCACAUCGAGCUAAAGCCUCCUCAGGGGGGCUCCUCAGCAAUUACAGAUAUCUGUGCCGAAAAGCCAUGAUGCUUCAUGCUGUGGAGAAUGCAAAAACCCGGAAAAAAUGCCAGCGGAUGAACAGAAUCGCCAGCUUCAAGAGGAAAAGAACAGACAGCCACAAAGAAACACUGGACACAAAUAAAAUAGUCAAAAAGACGCAACCAUGCUCUAGUCAUGUGGGACAAGAAAGUCAGAGCACUCUGGACUCAAGAGACACACACGCAGAUGUGUCUCAGACUGGACAGCAGGUGUGUGAUUUACAGACCUCUGUGUCCCGGCAGCCCAAAGGAGCCGAUCUCCAGAGGCGAGCUGCACCUCUGGUAGAGAGUUGGGACGUGGACAGCGGCUUCUCCUCGGAGACGAGCCCCCCGGCUAGUGGGCGUAGUUCACCUUGCCUCUUCACUUCUGUGGUGGCCAUGGACUGUGAGAUGGUAGGCACGGGGGCUGGCGGAUGUUGUAGUGAGUUGGCCCGCUGUAGCAUACUGGACUAUCAUGGCAACAUCGUUUAUGAUAAAUACAUCCGUCCCUGCCAGCCUGUCACAGACUUCAGGACUCGCUGGAGUGGCAUCCGGAGGCAUCACCUUCUUAACGCUACGCCCUUUGUUGAGGCCAGGGAAGAGAUCCUGAGUAUAUUAGAGGGCAAGGUGGUGGUGGGCCACUCUGUCUACAAUGACUUCAAGGCCUUGGACAUGUUUCAUCCAGGUCACAUGGUAAGGGAUACCAGCACUAUGCGUCACCUCAGCCGAUUGGCUGGCUUCCCCCGUGGACGCUGCCUUUCCCUCAAGAUUUUGGCCAGUAAGCUCCUGGAUCGGAGGAUUCAGGCUGGGAGGAGAGGCCACUGUUCGGUGCAGGAUGCCCAAGCUGCUCUGGACCUCUACAAGUUGGUGGAGGGCGAGUGGGAGCGGGAGCUGGAGGAGGAGUUGAGGGGAAAAGAUUCAGCACCAGAGCCCCACUUUGCCUCCUCUAGACACUACAUGCAGGACGAGUACUGGCCAGAUGACCUCUCAGCGGACAGCCAGUGAGAGGAAGGCAGGGCAUGGAACACCAGCAGCGUAGUCUGCACUCAUGAACUAUUUAGCCCACUUAACAUGAAAACACUCAAAAGUAAAAAAAGUAAAAAGUAAAUCAGUGGAAGAUAAAUAAGGGUUCAGAUUAUGUGAUGAUCAUUCACCAGAGCAGAUAGCAGUGAAUAAUACACAUUUUGACUACAUGUCACAUGACUUUAUAACUGAAGAGGGAAUGAGAAAAAAAAAAUCUUCUGUAAAACAGAAUGCCUGACCUCCUUGUCUUGUAUGAGAUAGCUCUUAGGAAGAUAACGUUACCUAUAACUUAUUGCUGCAGAUUUAAACAUGUGAAAUGUGUUUGAAGUUCCUCAGUAAUUUUUUUCUCCAUAUUAACCAGAUAUUUUCCAGUGUGGGUGUUUACAAGCAGUUAGCAAACCAUGCUGGUACAGACUUGGUUUUGUUCAGUGUGAGAAAUUUCAGCAAAUUGGUGCUUAUAGUUGUGGAUUUUAACAACAGACACACAAGGUUUCAUGUGAUUUUUAUCUCUUACUGUGAAGUGACUUUCUGUACCAAGAAACAGAUAAUGUGUCUUAUUCUUGUUAUUAUCAUAAGACUUGGAGUUCAUUUCCUCAACAAUAUGCACUCUAAGGGUUAAGUUAUCAAUUAUUUAAAGGUUUGGCCUAGGGCAGGAAUCUGUUCUCAAGUGUUAAAUAUAUUAAAUAUGCUAGACUACUUUGGUGGUUGUGUUCACUUGUAAUAGUGGGAUUUUACCACUAAUUGUAUGCUGCUCUUAAAUACCUAUAAUAAUAAAAUAGCAACAUGCUGAAGUGAUAUUA